UCACAAUGGUUUCCAUCCUCAUUCACCGACCCUCAAUUUCCCGAAAUAACAUUCAAGACAUCCGAACAUUACAUGAUGUUUCAAAAAUCCCUAAUGUUCGAUCCUUCUCUAUGUCAACAAAUCAUACAAUCUGAUCAUCCGGCAGAAACGAAAAGAUUAGGGAGAAAAAUCAAAAAUUUCAAUAAAGAGAAAUGGGAUCAGAUUAAUGUAGGUAUUGUUUCAAAAGGGAAUUAUCUAAAGUUUAAACAAGAUGAUAGAUUGAGGAAAGUUUUGAUAGAUACUGGAAAGGCGAGGUUGGUUGAGGCUAGUCCUACGGACAGGAUUUGGGGGAUAGGGUUUGGAAUGAAGGAAGCUUUGAAGAAUAAAGAUAAUUGGGGAGAUAAUAAAUUGGGUGUCGCUCUCGAACGAGCAAGAAGACGACUG